AUGGAUAAAUAUCAGAAAAUUGAAAAGCUGGGAGAAGGAACGUACGGAAUUGUGUAUAAGGCACAAAAUAAGGAUACAAAUGAGGUGGUUGCUCUGAAACGUAUAAGAUUGGAUAACGAAGAAGAAGGGGUUCCAUGUACUGCCAUUCGUGAGAUAUCAUUACUGAAAGAGUUAAAACACGCAAACAUAGUAAGACUUUAUGAUGUCUUACAUACGGAGAAAAAGUUGACACUAGUAUUUGAAUAUUUGGAUUCGGAUUUAAAGAAAUUCUUAGAUACUUACGGGGGUGAUCUAGAUAUAUUAACAAUCAAGCAAUUAAUGUAUCAACUUUUGAAAGGAAUUGCUUUCUGUCAUGAGCAUCGGGUCUUGCAUAGGGAUCUUAAGCCACAAAAUCUAUUAAUCAACAAGUUGAAAUUGGCUGAUUUUGGUCUUGCACGUGCUUUUGGAAUUCCUGUACGAAGUUACUCACAUGAGGUAGUAACGUUAUGGUAUCGUGCGCCUGACGUUUUGAUGGGAUCAAGACAAUAUUCCACAUCUAUCGAUGUAUGGUCGGCUGGGUGUAUAUUUGCAGAGAUGGCUUCUGGUAGACCGUUAUUUCCAGGAGUUUUAGGAACACCAACAGAGGAAACAUGGCCAAAGGUCUCACAGUUGCCAGAUUACAAAAAUGAUUUUGCUAUUUAUAACCGGAUGCCAUUGGAGUCGCUUCUUCCAAAGCUAGAUAAACAUGGCAUUGAUUUGUUAAGUAAAUUAAUAGAGUAUCAACCUGAGAAACGUAUAAGUGCCGAGGAUGCAUUGAAACACCCAUAUUUUGAAGAGAUUCGCAAAAAGGAAACGUCACAACAAUCCUCCGUUUUACAACUAGUUUACAUACCUAUCAUAUUUAAAAAACGAGAAAUGGAAACUAAUAACUCUAAAAAGUCUAAUCUAGCACCGAUUGUUCUUACCCCGAAUUUAAAUGAAAAACGAAAUAAUGUAUAUCCGUUUUGGUUUGGAGGUGCAGCCGCCUGUUCUGCCUGCUUUGUUAGUCACCCUUUAGAUUUAACCAAAGUUCGCAUGCAAACAACAACUGGAGUAAACCCGAAAGGAACUUUUAAAACUGCAAUUGAUAUAAUAAAAAAUGAAAAAUUUCCUGGAAUAUAUAAGGGACUUUCCGCUAGCAUUUUGAGGCAAGUCACGUAUUCUACUAUGAGAUUUGGAGUUUAUGACAAAUUGAAGUUGUUUCUAAGUAAAGAUGGAGAGAACCUUUCAUUUGUAAAAAAAAUCAUUUGUGCAUCUAUAUCAGGGUGCAUCGGUGGAGCAUUUGGAAAUCCAGCAGACCUUGUAAUGGUUCGCAUGCAAAAUGAUGCAAAGUUACCAUCAGAAUUGCAACGUAACUAUAAGAAUGCGUUUGAUGGUCUUUAUCAAAUAAUUAAAGCGGAAGGAGUAAAAGGUCUUACUCGAGGUAUCGGACCAAAUAUGAAUCGAGCCAUCUUUAUGAAUUCAUCACAAAUAGCAUCGUAUGAACAAUUUAAACAGUUAUUAUUGGAGACUAAAUUUUUUCGUGAUGAUAUUAUCACUCAUUUCAUUUCUAGUUUUUUGGCGGUAGGUUUAUAA